UUUUAUAUAACGUCGGCACUAUUGCAUCAAAUAAUAAUCUAUCAAAAUAUUGACCACAUUAUUUGCCCAUUUACUUUUUUAAAGUGACAUACCGAAGUCUUAGAAAUUUCAGUGGUUGUUUUGUACUUUUGUCGCCCUCUGCUAUUUCAUCAUCAUUUCAACAUGGCGGACGGAGAGCAAGCUCGUCGCAAGCGGACUCAGCCUGCAUGGGCCCCUCCAGCAGGGAGUCAGGACACCCCCCUCAAACUCUACAAUAGUCUCACCCGCAAGAAGGAGGUUUUUGUGCCCCAGAAAGGGCGCAGGGUCGGCUGGUACAGCUGUGGUCCCACAGUGUACGACACCUCCCACAUGGGUCACGCCAGGUCGUACAUCUCGUUCGACAUCCUGCGCAGGGUCAUGAAGGACUACUUCAACUACGACGUGCUGUACGCCAUGAAUAUCACCGACAUCGAUGACAAGAUCAUCAAACGUGCCAGACAAAACUACCUACUUGAACAGUACAUGGACAAGAAGCCGUCUCGUAAGCAGCUUCUUGAUGAUACACAGACAGCUAUGAAGCCUUACAGGGAGAAACUAGACAGAGAAACUGACCCUGACAAGAAGGCCAUGUUACAGAGAAUAACAAACAAAGUGGAAGAAACAGUUGCAAAGCUGGAGCAGAUAGCAGAAAACAGCCCAGAUGCCAGUAAAGAGGAUGAACUCAAAAAGGCUCUUGUAGGGGAUGCGAGGGACCCACUGUCUGAGUGGCUGGACUCUAUGCAUGGGUCUGAGGUGACUGACAACUCCAUCUUCACCAAGUUGCCUCAGCAUUUUGAGGCAGAAUUUCACAAGGACAUGGAAGCCCUGAAUGUGUUGCCAGCAGAUGUCCUGACCCGAGUGAGCGAAUACAUCCCUGAAGUCAUAGAAUAUGUGCAGACUAUCAUAGACAAGGGCUAUGGGUAUGAGUCCAACAAGUCGGUGUAUUUUGACACCACCAAGUUUGAUGGUGCAGACUCCCACUUCUAUGCAAAACUGGUGCCUGAAGCCUUCGGAGACAGCAAAGCAAUGUUAGAGGGUGAAGGUGACUUGAGUAUAUCCCAGGACCGUCUGAGUGAGAAGAGGUCGACCACUGACUUCGCUCUGUGGAAAGCCUCCAAACCUGGGGAGCCUUCAUGGGACUCUCCCUGGGGCAUGGGUCGACCAGGGUGGCACAUUGAGUGUUCUGUGAUGGCCAGCUCCAUACUGGGAGGUUCACUAGACAUCCACACAGGAGGGUACGACCUCAAGUUCCCUCAUCAUGACAACGAAAUCGCACAGGCCGAGGCUUACUACGACAAUGACCACUGGGUGCGCUACUUUCUCCACUCCGGCCACCUGACCAUCGAGGGCUGUAAGAUGUCCAAGUCCCUGAAGAACUUCAUCACAAUCCAGGAGGCCCUGUCCAAGUACAGCUCCCGCCAGCUCCGGCUGGGCUUCCUGCUGCACUCAUGGAAGGACACUCUGGACUACAGCUCUGACACCAUGGGCACUGCCGUCAAGUAUGAGAAGAUGAUCAAUGAGUUUUUCCUGACUGUAAAGGAUGUCUUGAGAACAGAUGCACCCCCUUUUCUGAAGUGGGACAAGGCAGAGCUUCAGCUUGCAGAAAGUUUCCAACAGAGGAAAGAAGGAGUUCACCAGGCACUAUGUGACAACAUUGACACGAGGGCGACCAUGGACCAGAUGCGUGAGCUGGUGUCCGACAGUAACGUCUACCUGAAGGAGAAGAGAGACGCCCGGCAACAGCCUGACCACGCCCUGCUCAGGGACAUAGCAGCCUACCUCACCAGAAUGCUGAAGAUCUUUGGUGCUAUUGAAGGAGAAGAGCUUAUAGGUUUCCCUGUGGGUGGUACAAGUCAGGCAGCAAAUUUGGAAGAAACAGUGAUGCCGUACCUCAGCACAAUGGCUGAGUUCAGAGACAAGGUGCGGCAAGUAGCUCGCCAAGAGAAAGCUAAAGAGAUCCUGCAGCUGUGUGACGGGCUGCGUGACGAUGUCCUGCCGCAGCUGGGGGUGAGACUGGAGGACCACGAGGGGCUGCCUCCGGUCGUCAAAUUAGUGGACAAGGAGACUCUUCUCAAGGAGAGGGAGGAGAAGAUUAAAAUUGAAGAAGAAAAGCGACGCCAGAAAGAAGAAAAACAACGGAAACAACAAGAACUUCAGGCAGCCAAAGAGGCCAAGAGAAGAAUCCCUCCAUCAGAGAUGUUCCUGAAGGACACAGACAAGUACUCCAGCUUUGACGACACGGGGUUCCCAACACAUGACAAGGAGGGAAAAGAGCUCAGCAAGGGCCAGCAGAAGAAGUUGCGGAAGCUGUACGAAGCUCAGGAAAAACUGUACAGUGAGUUUUUGAAGAGUCAACAGGACGGGCUAAUCAAUGGUGCGGAGGGGAAAUGAUGAUAAACUAAAUAAGUGGACAGUCAGUAAUAGUUUAAGCAUCGUCUCAACAAAAAUGGUUGUUAGUAGAAUGGUUGCUAGUAUCAACCCCACUGUUACGUAACAUUAUACCCUGCACCCUUCACAAACAAAAUAUGACGCCACUCCACCCACAGGCUAUUACACUGAAUUUACGGGUUAGUACCAACUGGAGAUACAUGUACACCACCACUGCUCUUAACUUAUACCUUGGAAAGAAAAUCCUUCCAUAGAUAAUGUUUUUACCCAUGAAAGAAAGAACCCAAAUACUAAGAAAGUAUAUUAAGCAAUUAAUCAUAGACAUAAGUUUAUGUUGUCAUAUCCUUAGAUAAUGAAGUAUUCCGUGAAUAUUUCAAGGAAUUUUGAUAAGGAAUUUUAAGUUGGCUUCCAUUCAUUGUUAGUAACUAUUGAAGCAAGUUGUCUGAAAGUAAUUUGUUAUUUGAAGCUCCCAGUUUAAAAUCACAAAUGUUGUGACUUACAUGUAUUUAACUACUACUUAAACAAUAACUUAUUUUUCAAAAUGUGGAAGCCAGACAAUACCCAAUGUUCUACAUGUUUUAUGUUCACAAAGCUCUGAUAAAAAGGAAAAAAGACAACAAAAUGCAAAUGUUAUAAAACUUUAUUUUUGUGUGCAAAUCAUUCCAUAUGCAAAAUAUUAUAAGCUUUUCUCUGCCUUAUAAUAGAAAAUAUAAAGUAAUAAUCUUCCUUGGUAAUGUUCAAAUCAAAUAACAUUGAUAUUUUGAAUGAAACAUAAAAAUAUGUUUUGCCUUAUGUUUAAAAUAUGCUUCUUAUUAGCUAUUGUAUUUAUCCUCUUUCGAGCUCAAAGAUGUACUAAAAGGCAAAUUUGUCAGCUAGAUAUGUGUAGGAUUGUCUAUUUGUGGUAGUAAAAGGCACAUGUAUGUUAAUUAAAACAAUGUGACAACUAGUAUGUGUGAUGUAAGUUUAACUUGUUGCAGCAAGUCAGUCUAAAAUGAUGCACUAUUGAAUAAAUGCACAAGAAUUUGAAAAUAUA